GCCUUGGCGUUUGUUUUUGGAAGACAAGGAAAUGUAGGAAAGUUGUGCAAAAAAUCAGAGGGCCAUUUUGUUAGAUCUCAACAAUGGAGCAGAAGGAUAUCUAUUAUAAUAAGGCGGAGUACAUAGAAACCGUGAGUACGAGGGUUUAUACACUCCACUUUUUGCUGACUUGAAACUUAAACCAAGCCACCUACAACGUGGACGACUGAUGAUUCAUCUCAGAACACUCUAAAUUCGAGAUUGCUCCGAACAAAUCAUGAGAUAAGAACUCAUUUUUUUCCUUAAGUUAAACAGGCAGUUUGAAUUUAAGAGAACAAAAUCUUAUUUUGUGAUUUGUUUUUUCUCAAAAUAAGAAAUCCACGAAAUCUCGAAUUCAGAGUGGAAUGGACAUUCUCAUAUCAUGAUUCUGUUACCCUUGACAAUCUAGGCAUCAGGAAACAAAGUCAGUCGCCAAUCUGUUCUAUGUGGAAGUCAAAACAUUGUUCUAAAUGGAAAGGUUAGUGUAGAUAACAAUGUUUUUACGUAUAAUAAUUACGUUGUGUUAACCUGCUUUAAGCUUACAAUAGAAAGAGCCAGAAUGUUCUUGGUGCAAUAAUAUAGUUCUUUUUCGUUAUUAGCCUCUGUAGAAAUGUGUACUUAGCUUUAUUAAGUUUCCAAUGUGAGCUCUAUUAAAGGCCCAUCCCUUAAUAGAGUUUUGUGUAUAUUUAAGUAUUAUUUUCUCUUUGUUUUCUCUUCGUAUCUUUUAGUUCGAUUAUCUUUUGACCAUCUUUCAAUCAAAAGCCAUCGUGUAAGACAGUCUUUUUAAUUAUUACAAUUUCAGACCAUCAUUCAAUCAGAUUGUAUCCUCCGUGGUGACCUUGCAAAUGUCAGAAUAGGCCGCCAGUGUGUGAUUAGCAAAAGAAGCGUCAUUAGGCCUCCAUUCAAGAAAUUCAGCAAAGGGUUUGUAGAUGGUGUCAAUAAACAUGUUUCAGUAAUUUCAGUGUACCCUUUACCUCCAACAUUAUCUUACCCUGCGAACAGAGUCUCCUUCGAUCUUCCUAGAUAAGUCGGGAAGAGGAAGGAACCUCUGCCGACAUCCUCAACAAUUCAUAUUGAGCAUGCUCCAAAUUCAAAUUUUUCUGCGACGUCAAUCAAACCAUUGCCGUAGCAUCCACUGUGUUUGUCAGCAAAUGUAAAUGUCAGGGGGAACGUACCGGUUCGUUCUCACCCUUCCGUGGCUGUGUUUCCUCUGGAUUUGGAAGCUCUAUAGGAACAAUUUCACUUUUGGAAUCUAAACUUGCCAUGUUUCAGUGUAAAGAAGAUAAAAAAAAUCUUAGAGCUAAGGUAAAACUUUUCAAAAACAAAGCAUCUAACCUUGAAACACAAAAACACACAAAACGGAUCGAAAUCCACCAAUCACAAAUCACGAACGACGACCUUUUGUUUCCUAAGAGGUUCGCUAAGAUGUAUGACAGGCGAGAAAGCGAAGAAAGUGCCGCUUCUUCAGACUUUGAUUGACGUCGUAGAAAAACACAAAAUCCAAAGACGUUUUUGGCAUCGCAAGUCAGGUGUUAUCCACAAACAGCUGUAAAAGCAUCGAUCAUUUAAAUGCAACAUGGAUUCUGUAGCCUCAUGAUCUUAUUUUGAAUUAAUGUUAUCGCAAACACAGAAGAAUAAGCAUAGAUGUUGUUUCUUAAAUAUUAUUAUUUUUAUUCAAAACCCAUUUGUUUAUCCUUCCAAAAACUUCGUGUAACACUUACUGGAUUGUGAAUCCGUUCACGCAGCAGAAUUAGCUGAGUACAUGGUUAAAUCCAAAACAAAAUCCAUCUCGAAUCUAGGUACAUUUUCCAAUUUUCUAAAACUGAACGUUGAAUCUAUAAUUUUCUCAAAAUUCCCGCAUGAAAUAAAAGCGGCAACUAGUUGUUUUUCUAUGGAGCGUGGACGCAGAAAGAGUCAGCAAAAUUCCAGAAUAUGCGUGCGUGCACAGAUAAAACUGGUUUAUCGAGUAUAAAACUUGUCUGACUCAUCCAAAAAGCUGGAUGAUCGGCAGAUCAAAGGAACUUGAAAAUGUCGGCAGAGUCGCUUCCUCUUUCCCGACUUAUCUAGGAAAGAUCGAAGCAACUCUGCUAGCAGGGUAACAUUAUCUGCUUCUGCUCAGGACAAUUCAAUUUGAAAAGACAAAAACGGUACCAUACAAAAGUGCUGUCAAAGUCGCUCGCUAAAAUAGUCACAAAAGAUUAUUUUCUGAACAGAUCAUAGGUCAAAACUUAGAAACAUAUAGCAUGUAACCACAAUUGACUUUUUAAGUUGUCCUGAAAGUAGAACUAGACGGUACUGUACUUGUUAAAUAAGAAAAGAUAGUAUUAAAGGUUGUAUCAAUUUAUAAAGAUAGAGAGGUACACAUGUACACCCAUAUCAUGCAGCAAUAAGUAACCUGUAAUAAUAAAGACUUAGUAGUUGCCCGAGAGUUAAAAAACUCCAAAAAUAUGAUAUUUAUCAUUGGUAAUGAUGUUGGUUUUAGGGUUGCAUUCUUUCCUCUUCAUAUUGGAGAUCAUGUAAUUAUUGAAGAGGACUGUGUUGUAAAUGCAGCCCAAGUGGGAUCUUAUGUCCACAUCGGAAAAAACUGUGUCAUUGUAAGUACAGCUGCAGUACUUUAAAGCAUCAUUAUCAUCAUCAUUAUUAUUACUAUUAUCAUCUUUAUCAUCAUCAUCAGUGAAACAAUAAUCAGUGUCACAAUAAUGAUCUUCAACCAAAGCUGUAUUAUUACACAUGUACCAUCUUCGUCAUCAUCAUCAUCACUAACCUCUCUACCCCCAGUAUCAUUACCACCACCACCAUCAUCAUCAUCAUUAGGGAGCUUAAGCAAUGACAACGGUGACGUCAAAGAGAACGGCAAUAAUGCAAUAGGUUUAGAUUGGCAAAACAACAACUUUGCACGUGCAUCACGCUUUUUUUUUACAUUUCUUUGCCGUCAUUGCACAACUACAACGUGAAAGUGCCUAAUUUCACAUUUUGUCGAGGAUGGGAACAGGACGCAACAACUUUCUUUUUCUUUUCCAAAACUUUGGCACAUUCCUUUAGAAUUCAACUCCAAAAAAAUUUGCCAACAUUUGACGAAUUAAACGAGAUGGAGUAAGUGCGGUAAAGUUUGAAGCAGCGCAAAUUCACUUUUUAAGUGACGUUUUCGUGGCCGUUGCCGUCGUCAUUGCUUAACCUCCCUAUUAUCAUCACUAUUACCUUUAUGACCACCUGCACAGUGUUCUCACCAGGCCGCGGCCUUGCGGGAUUCCCGCAAGAAAAACUGAAAUGGCGCAUUAAAACCAAAAAGAUGCGCCCGUUAGGGCGCAGGGGCAAGCUACGAGUCAAACAGACUUAAGUAGUUUUAAUGGUCAACCUAACACUACAGCAUUCUGUUUGUUUGAAUAAAUAAAAAACAUGAUAUCAAAUGAGUCAAAGUCUUUAAUUUUGUUGCCUUUACUUUCAUUGGUUCCACGCACGUCCCACUACAUCGUAAACUCCUCCUCCGAAUCGUAAACACCUCUUCCGCCAUAUUGGAUCAGGUAGGUACUUCAUGUAACAGACAAUUUGGAGUGCGGGCUCAGGUUCUUCGUACCGCGUGUUUUUUGUAACUUUGUCCCCCUAAUGUUCUUACAGGGCCCCUAUUCCUCAGAAGAGGGGGGCCCUGGGACUCCCCAAGGCAAAAUCCUGGUGAGAACACUGCCUGCAGUGCCAUCAUCCGCAUCUUAACCAUCAUCAUCAUCACUGUCUCUUUCACCAGAAUCAUUACCAUCAUCAUCAAUGCUAUCAUCAUCAUCACCACUUUCUUUAUCACCAGUAUCAUUACCAUCGUCAACAUCAAGUUAUCAUCAUCAUCAUCACCAUCUCUAUCUCCGCUAUCAUUAUCAUCAUCACUACGAUCACAACUAUGACUAUAGUAUUCUUCAUUUUUUCUGUUUACAUUUAUUUAAUGGCAAUUAAUUCUGGGCCAAACCUUUAAAUUCCAUUGACGUCAUUUACAGAUGCCUUGUUUGGUAACUUGCAUCCAAAAAUUAAAUAUGUUUAUUCAUGUACUGAGCAUUUAGGCUUAGAUUAUGAAGUAAAUGAAUCAGAGACCCUGUUUAAACUAUGUAACAUGUUCGUCCAACUUCAUCCAAUAUCACUGGAUGGUGUUGGGUACCCAGAAGUUUCAACAUCAUCCAAUGCAACCCAGCAAGGCAUGCGAGUGGAUUCAGGAUACAUUGUAUGUUGCAGUUAAAUACACUGACUGAAAGUUGAACCAACAUGUCAAUCCAUUUCAACAAGGCCUUCCUGUAAUCCACUUCUGUUCUUUUUGAAAGGGUCGGCGGAGUGUGCUAAAGGACUGUUGUGCCAUAGCAGAUAAUACUGUACUACCUCCUGAAACUGUUGUUCCACCUUUUACACUUUAUUCAGGAUCUCCUGGUAAGUGCUCUUAUUCUUCAGUAGAAUAUGACUAAUGCAAACUUUAUCCUCCUUUUUACCUUACAGCCAACAGAAAGUGGGAAUAUACAUUAAUGGCUUUGUAUAUGCUACAAACUAACCAAAAUAGACAAGCUUUUUUGCUAUGUAAUGGAUAGGACUUCUAAAAAAUUGUGAAUAUACAUUAAUGUAUGUUGAAGAAUUUUCCUUUCUCUGUCUGAACUUGGGUUAAGUCCUAAGAUAUUUUGCUCAAGAAAUUCUCUAAUACCUGGCAAAUUGAGUGCUUUGGAAUAGUCUAAUAUCAUGGCUGUCACUAAAAAUUUCAAGUUGCUGUGUAUUUGCACUUAGUAGGCAGGAAUUUGGACAGCUACGGGGGUUCUUUUUGUUCUAUUAUAAUCAUGGUUUCAUAAAUGCACCUAAACUCUUUAAUGGCAGACCAACAUAAAUUUGUUGCCAAUCUUAAUUAAAUAUUAUGCACUUUAUUGCAGGUGUAUUCAGUGCAGAAUUACCUGAGUGUAUGCAAGAAUUAAUGACAGAGAAGACAAAGGACUAUUAUCAACAUUUUAUUCCCAUCACAGAGGACAAAUGA